AUGGCGGAAGGUCUCUCGGAUCUUUGGGAAAAAUUUAAGCUAACGGAAAAGGAAGAUUGCGAGGUUCAUGAUAUUCCCCUUGGGUUGAUGAACGAAAGUAUUGGUAAAGUGAUAGGUGAUUCUCUAGGACGGGUGGAGGAGAUGAAUACUUGUGGGGAGAAGAUGGCUUGGGGCAAAUUUCUUCGUAUUCGGACUCGGUUGGAUAUCAAUAAACCAUUGCGAAGGGGAAUGAAAUUCUCGAUGGAUGAGGUUGGAAAAAUUUUGGAAUCUGGUCCUUGGUUGAGAGCAGAGGUCCCUAGAUCCAAUGUAGCAAAAUUUGACGGGCCGAGUAUCAGUGAAACCAAAACAGGAAGUAGACAUAUUCCUGAUCAACAGGUAUCCAGUCAGCAGAAAACAUUACCAGCGAAGGGAGGUUCAUUGGGGAUGAACAAGGUUUUAUUGCUAGUUGAGAAGCCAUCUACGGAAUUUCAAGAUGAAAAUAUGGGUCUUACAGAGGCCAAUUUGAAUAUUAACACAACAAUGGCUGAGGAGGGCCGAGUAAUUGAAAAGGAAGGAGGUUUGCUUGACCUAUCUGUUGUGGGUGUUACCAUUCGGGAGUCGAAUCUUAAUCCUAUUAAUCAGACUGUAGUGUCAAAAUCUGGUGGCAGUAAGCUGAAUCGAAAGUGGAAAAAUGCCGCAAGGACAAGGCCUGGUCCUUAUAAUGGUGGAAAGUCUCGAUCUAACUUAUCUGGGCAAAAGAGGUCGAGUUCCCCAUGCAACCCCGCUAAGCAUCAUGAGUAUCUUGGCAUGGAAUCAUCAGGGACUGGGGGCAACCAAGGCAAUUCCAAAAGUUUAACAGGAAGAAGUGGGGGUCUUUCAUUACUAUGGCAUAGUGAUUGGGAAAUUACAAUUUUGAGUUACUCGAUUUCUCACAUUGAUGUUCAGAUAGUUGAUGCUGAAGGUUCAUUGCCUUGGAGAUUCACAGGGUUCUAUGGGAAUCCUAUUUCUAAUCACCAAAGAGAGUCUUGGCAACUUAUUCAUACUUUGAAUGAGAGAAGUUCUUUACCAUGGGUUAUAGGAGAGGAUUUCAAUGAACUCUUAGAUGGCUCGGAGAAAGUGGGGGGUGCAAUCAGACCUGAAGCUCAAAUGAGACUCAUUUUUUAUAAUGCUUUGGUGGCUUAUGAAACUGUACACAAAUUGAAGUCUAGGAAGUGUGGCAAGCAUGGGUCUAUGGCACUGAAAUUGGAUAUGAGUAAGGCCUACGAUAGAGUUGAAUGGGAUUAUCUCGAGGCAGUUAUGAAGACAAUGGGAAUUCCUGGUCAGUGGAUUUCACUUAUUAUGGCUUGUGUGCAUACUGUAUCUUACUCGGUUGUAGUUAAUGGUAAACAAUAUGGCAACAUUGUACCAUCUCAUGGAAUCAGACAAGGCGAUCCUAUAUUUCCAUAUUUAUUCUUGCUCUGUGUUGAAGGCCUUUCGGCCUUGUUAAAUAAUGCUGAUGAUUUAGGUCACAUUCAAGGUGUUUCAGUAUGUAGGGUGGCACCAAGAGUAACACAUUUACUCUUUGUCGAUGAUAGCUUACUAUUUGGGAGAGCAACAUUGGAGGAAGCUGAUGCGAUUUUGGACUUAUUGCAUCAAUAUGAGCAAGCUUCCAGACAGUUUGUUAACAUAGAGAAAUCAACCAUUUAUUUCUCUAAUGAUACUCCAAUGCAAAAUAGAGAAGUUAUUAAGCAAAAAUUGGGAGUCAAAAGGAUGCUUACGGGUGACAAGUACUUGGGGUUGCCUAUUCUUGUGGGUCUUGAAAAGAAGAUCCAUUUUCAACAUAUUAAGGACCGUAUUUGGCGAAGAAUUCAUCAUUGGCAAAGUAAGCUACUUUCGACAGCAGGGAAAGGGGUACUCAUUCAAGCCAUAGUAGUUCAGACUAUACUGGCUAGAUAUUUCCCGACUUCUUCUUUUUUGGAUGCUUCUCUUGGUUCCAAUCCAUCAUAUGUAUGGAUGAGCAUAUUGGAAGGGAGAUCAGUCCUUGAACUGGGAUCUCGGUGGCGUGUAGGGGAUGGUAAUUCGAUUAAAAUUAUGGUGGACACUUGGAUUCUCUCUUUGCCGACUGAGAAACCAAGUACUAUACAUCCCAAUUUUUUAGAUUAUGGGUUGGUUUCGGAAUUAAUUGAUCAUAAUGAGAGAAGCUGGAAGGAGGAUUUUAUUCGUUCUCUUUUUCUGCCAAAUGAGGCGGAAGCUAUAUUAGAUAUUACUUUGAGUUUACAGCAGGUUGAAGACAAGUUAAUUUGGAUAGAAUCCAAGCUUGGCGAGUUCACGCUCCUGGGUAUGUUAAAACUCAAUUGUGAUGCUGUCUUUAAUCAUAACUCGGGUCUUUCUACACUUGGUAUGGUUAUCUGGAAUGCAAAUGGUGAUGUAGUUCUAAGUGGUGUCAGUAGUGUUGAUGGUGUAGCUAGUGUUCUUCAUGCCAAAUGUAUGACGAUUAAUUUUGGUCGUGAAACAAUAUGGGAGCAUGGCUACUCGAGUUUGCUUGUGGAAUCGGAUAGUAAACAGGCAAUUGAAGAGAUCUCCAAGGGUUUAGAUUCAUUAUGGUCAGGUGCUUGUCUGGUUCAUGAUGUUUUAGCCCUUUCUUUAAAAUUUGAUUUGAUCUCUUUUGCUUUUGUUAAUCGAGAAGCGAAUGUGCUUCCUCAUAAUAUAACUAAAUCUGAGUUUGUAAUAGGUCAAAGGGUGUGGUUAAGUGGGACUGAAAUCUGGCGUAUCGAGAAUUUUCAGCCUGUUCUGUUACCAAAGUCGGAGCAUGGAAAAUUUUACAUGGGAGAUUCUUACAUUGUUUUACAGACAACUCCUAGCAAGGGAGGUUCAUAUCUGUAUGACAUACACUUCUGGAUUGGAAAAGAUACAAGUCAGGAUGAAGCUGGAGUGGCUGCUAUCAAAACAGUUGAGCUAGAUGCAGCUCUUGGAGGGCGAGCUGUGCAACACAGGGAACUUCAAGGCCAUGAAUCUGACAAAUUUUUAUCCUACUUCAAACCUUGCAUUAUACCAUUGGAGGGCGGUGUUGCUUCUGGAUUUAAAAAACCAGAAGAAGAGGAGUUUGAAACACGGUUGUAUGUCUGCAGAGGAAAGCGAGUUGUCAGGUUGAAGCAGGUUCCUUUUGCUCGGUCUUCGCUUAAUCAUGAUGAUGUAUUUAUCCUGGAUACUCAGAAUAAGAUUUAUCAGUUCAAUGGUGCAAACUCUAAUAUUCAGGAGAGGGCAAAGGCAUUGGAAGUUAUUCAGUUUUUAAAGGAAAAGUAUCAUGAGGGAACGUGUGAUGUUGCUAUUGUUGAUGAUGGGAAGUUGGACACUGAGUCAGACUCUGGUGAGUUCUGGGUUCUCUUUGGUGGUUUUGCUCCAAUAGGAAAGAAAGUUGCCAGUGAAGAUGAUGUUAUUCCCGAGGCUAUUCCUGCUACUCUCUAUAGCAUAACUGAUGGUGAGGUGAAGGUUGUAGAAGGAGAACUGUCGAAAGGCCUCUUGGAAAACAACAAAUGUUAUUUACUGGACUGUGGAGCUGAGGUUUUUGUUUGGGUUGGACGGGUGACACAAGUAGAGGAGAGAAAAGCCGCCAGUCAAGUUGCAGAGGAAUUUGUUGCUAGCCAGAAUAGACCGAGGACAACACGCAUAACCCGUCUCAUCCAAGGGUAUGAAACCCAUUCGUUCAAGUCCAACUUUGAUUCUUGGCCAGCAGGGUCUGCAGCUCCUGGUGCUGAGGAGGGAAGAGGGAAAGUAGCUGCUUUGUUGAAGCAACAAGGUGUUGGUGUCAAGGGAAUGACCAAAAAUGCUCCUGUAAAUGAGGAAGUUCCUCCUUUGCUUGAAGGGGGUGGAAAGAUGGAGGUAUGGUGUAUAAAUGGUAGUGCCAAGACACCAUUGCCAAAAGAGGAUAUUGGUAAAUUCUAUAGUGGAGACUGCUAUAUUGUGCUUUAUACCUACCACUCGGGUGACAGGAAAGAAGAUUACUUUCUGUGCUGUUGGUUUGGAAAGGAUAGCAUUGAGGAGGACCAGAAGAUGGCUUUUCGGUUGGCUAAUACAAUGUCUAAUUCGCUUAAGGGGAGGCCUGUUCAGGGUCGAGUAUUUGAAGGUAAAGAGCCUCCACAAUUCAUUGCACUUUUUCAACCUAUGGUAGUCCUUAAGGGGGGUCUAAGCACUGGCUACAAGAAAAGUAUAUCAGACAAAGGCUUGACAGAUGAAACCUACACGGCAGAUUGUGUUGCUCUGUUCCGGAUAUCAGGGACUUCCAUUCACAAUAAUAAAGCUUUGCAAGUGGAUGCGGUGGCAACAUCAUUGAACUCUACUGAGUGUUUCCUUCUGCAAUCUGGAUCUUCAAUUUUUAUUUGGCAUGGAAAUCAAAGCACUUUUGAACAGCAGCAAUUAGCUGCAAAAGUGGCUGAAUUUUUGAAGCCUGGAGUUGCUCUUAAACAUGCUAAAGAAGGAACUGAGAGCUCUGCCUUUUGGUUUGCACUUGGAGGGAAACAGAGUUAUACUAGCAAAAAAGCAUCUAGUGAUACUGUCAGGGAACCCCACUUGUUCACAUUCUCUCUUAACAAAGGAAAGGUUGAGGUUGAGGAAGUUUAUAAUUUUUCUCAAGAUGAUCUCUUGACAGAGGAUAUUUUGAUACUCGACACACAUGCUGAAGUGUUUGUGUGGGUUGGUCAGUCGGUAGAUGCUAAAGAAAAGCAAAAUGUAUUUGAAAUUGGCCAGAAAUACAUAGACAUGGCUGUCUCUCUAGAGGGCUUGUCUCCAAAUGUUCCUCUUUACAAAGUUACUGAAGGAAAUGAACCCUGCUUCUUCACAACUUUCUUUCAAUGGGAUUCCACACGAGCUACUGUACCGGGAAACUCAUUCCAGAAGAAAGUAGCAUUGCUCUUUGGGGCUACCCAUGUUGUAGAGGACAAGUCCAAUGGGAACCAAGGGGGUCCCACUCAAAGGGCUUCAGCUUUAGCUGCCUUGUCUUCCGCAUUCAAUCCAUCUUCUGCCAAAUCAACCCAUUCGGCCCCGGAUCGAUCCAAUGGAAAUCAAGGACCUACACAAAGAGCUUCAGCCUUAGCCGCCUUAUCUUCUGCAUUUAAUCCCUCAUCAGCAAGCAGAACCUCUAGUCCAAGGCCUUCCAGUACUGGUCAGGGUUCACAAAGAGCAGCAGCUGUAGCUGCCCUUUCCUCGGUUCUUACUGCUGAAAAGAAAAAAUCACCUGAUGCAUCCCCUACAAAAUCCACUAGCAGCACUCCUGUAUUAACCAGCCCACCUUCUGAAGUAAAGAGUGAAUUGGACCCUUCAGAAGCAGAGGAGUCUCAAGAAGUUCCGGAAGCCAAGGAGAGAGGUGCAGUAUCUGAAACCAAUGGGGAUGAUUCAGAACCAAAGCAAGAGACAGAGCAGGAUGAGAACGACACUGGAAGCAGUCAAAGUACAUUCAGUUAUGAUCAACUGAAAGCCAAAUCGGAAAAUCCUGUAACUGGAAUUGAUUUUAAGCGGAGAGAGGCUUAUUUGUCAGAUGAUGAGUUCCAGACAGUAUUUGGGAUGACUAAAGAAGCAUUUUACAAAUUGCCGAAGUGGAAGCAAGACCUGCUGAAGAAGAAAGUUGAUCUAUUUUAG